AUGGAGGAAGAUAUUUGCUCAUGUAUAAUUCAUACAUGCGAGAUUUCGAAUAAUGUUUCACCUGUAAAAGAUUUUACUGCUGUAACACUAUCAAAAUUUUUGAGUAGCCGGAAAAUAUGGCUAUCUUUGAAUGGAAAUUUGACUGACGUAGCUGUAAAGUCUUUAGAGUAUUUCUCUGAUCACGAUGAACAGGCAUUCAUCAACGAAGGAACAGUUCCAGACAGAAGCUUGCAAUAUCAUAUCGAAUGUUAUCGAAAGUUUACUGAUAAAACAAGAAUUAAUAGAGCACAGCGAAUGAGUGAAACGUCAGAUACACCCUGUACGAGUAAAGAUAUAGAACCUGCAGCUAAAAAAACCAGAGCGGAAGAAACCCGACAAACACGAAAUAGACUUCAACCACAUGGUUCAACUGCGACUGGGUCGAGAUCAACGCCUGUUCUCCCAAGAAUAUGCCUUAUUUGCAAAAAGGCAGAGCUCACAUACACUUGUCCCGUAAGUCAAAAGCUAAAAUUACUUCACUUUUUUGUCAAAAGUAUGAAACAAUAA